AUGGUCGCCCCCAGAGUUCUCGUCCGGCCUCGCGCCAUCCUCCCACUUCGCGAGCAGCUCACCCUCACAAGCUCCCGAUGCACCCGCUUCCUCUCCACGUCCCCCCUUCACCUCGCGAACCCGGUCGACGGCACGCCCAAAGAUGCUCCCAGGCGCAAACCUCUGACCAAGCAGCAGCGCGACUUUCUUUCUUCAGCGCUCCGCGUCAACCAAUCCGGUGAACUAGCCGCGACACGCAUCUACACCGCGCAAACACCCCCCAUCGUCUCGCGCCACCCUCACCUCCGUCCCCUCAUGAAGCACAUGUAUGACCAGGAAGAGGGUCACCUCGACACUUUCAACGAGCUUAUUGCUAAGCACCGCGUGCGCCCCUCCGCCCUCUAUCCUCUCUGGCAGGUUAUGUCUACGGGGCUCGGAUGGAGUACGGCGAUCAUGGGCCGCGAGGCCGCCAUGGCUUGCACGGAGGCGGUCGAGACGGAGAUCGGCGACCACUACAAUAACCAGAUCCGUACUCUACUUGAGAUGAUUACCCAGUGGGAGCGGGAAGGCUACGAAGUUGGAGAGGAAUUCACGUCGCUAAUCAGCACGCUAAGGAGAAUACGCGACGAGGAGCUCGAACAUCUAGAUCAUGCGGUCCAGCAUGAUGCUAGGAAGGCGGAGCCCCAUUGGCUGCUGACGGGCGUAAUCCGCCUGGGUUGCAGGGGAGCCAUUUGGGUCAGUGAGAGGGUGUAA